CUCGAAUGGGAUAAACAAUGCGAUAAGAAGCUUAUCGUUAGCCCCGCGCCUUUCCCCGGUGGGGGUCACGUCAUCACCCUGACCUAAACCUUCUAAGGUAUCUCGAGUGGCACCUGCCUGACGAGACGCAGAAUCGUUCUUCAUCAGAUCACCAGCAAAAGACAACAUGGAAUCAACCAGAAAGUCAGGCAUUGAGGCCUUGCCAAAUGAGGUAUCGCAAACAUUGUGUUGCCUUCCUAUUUGGUGCACGACUAAUAUCAGACCAGCUUCUCUACGAUAUUCUGCAAUCUUUCACUACGAAACAUGUCUUGACCUUCGCUCCAGUAUCGCGCAGGUUCCACGCAAUAUCUGUCAGAAUCUUGCAAAACCGUUUGACUGCUGCUGCGACCUUACUCGAUCACGUCCUCAUGCUCGAACUGUAUCCACCGAGCGCCAGACUGACGGCCGGCAAGUUAUUCUGCACAUCACUGGGUACUUCGGGAUUAGAUGACAAGUCUAUCGAAAGACUUUCCGACUCUGAGAAGAUUGGUCAUCUUGUAAAGGCUGUAUAUUCCAGAUUUAGACCCCAACAUCAAGAGAUAUUGCGGAGACCAUCUUUGAAACACCCUUGUGGAGAUGUUCCCGGCUCGAGGACGCACCCGAGCUCUGCGGAUCCAAUGAUUCACAAGUACAACGCAGAGAGCAACUUGGUAUCUCAGGAAGUGUCCUUGGAUGCCGGCGAGCUGUUUACUCAACUGAUAGCGACACUCAUGCUAGUGAAACCUGGUCCACGCCCAGACACGAUCCUUACAGCCGUAGAGGUCUGCGAAGGUACCAUCAGAGUCUGGAGAGAUUGGCUAGCAAAGCAAGCAAAAACCGAAACCACUGCUUCUUUUGGUGCUCAAGCAGACGAUUCAACUGUUCUUUGGGUCAACACAGCAGACCACGCCGUGGGCGUCAAGUUUAGAGUCAAGGAAAGAAAGUGGAAAAGGGAUAAUCCUGUACUGUUCUACUCUGAAGAGGAAGUUGCGGUCUCGUAUACUGUUGAUCUGGAAGAGGUGGUUGUGAGAACGUCACAUUUGUUGUUCAUGGUGGAGGAGUCUUUGCGAGAACAGUAUGAUCCUCUGAGUCGCCAAUUGUUUUUGAGACCUGUUUGAUAGAUUACUUCUCGACUUCUUGCAGAAGCUUCAUGAGAAAGUUC